ACAUGCAAAACAAGACAUCCUUCUAAAUUUUACGUGUGAUUUCUAAACUGUACGAGUUUCCCGUUUCAGUUUUCAACAUUCUUCCAUAGAGCAUACGUCAUCUAUAAUUCCCAGAAGAAUAAUUUUAAAAAUUGAUAACAAGUUAUUUAUUCAGAAUGUCCGGAAUUAUCGAAAAGAUAAAAAAUGUACCCGUUCAUAUGGAUUUUGAUGGUCAAAGGAAGGCUGAAAGGAUUUUUCAAACUAUAAUCCUCGUUUUUGCUGCAAUAGGUCUGGUGAUUGGAUAUAUUUUUCAGCAGUUCUCAUAUACUGUGUAUAUUCUAGGAGCAGGUUUCAUUUUAUCUUGCAUUUUGACUUUACCACCAUGGCCAAUGUAUCGUCGCAAGCCCUUACAAUGGCAGAAACCUAGGGAAGAAGUGCAAGAAAGUCUGAAAACUAAGAAGAAAAAAUAAUGUAUUAUCUUAAGAAUAUAUUGUAUGUCAUUGUCAUUCCUUACUUAACAUGUGAAUGUAAUUCAUGGUGUAUGUAUUGAUGGUAUGAAGUAUACAAUACAUAUGUAUUUUUAAUUUUACAGUUUUCCUUAUUUGAGAAGAAUUUAUAACCUUUAUUUAUUUUCAAAUUUGUGACUGCUUUAUGGCUCUUUCAAUCAUUUGGCUUUUGGGUUGUAUUUCACUGAAAAUAUAAAUGUGUGAAAAAUCUUAAGUGCAGGAAGAAUUAAUUAAAACUUUCUACAUUAACUUAA